AUGGCCAGCAACCGCAUUGUCAUCGGCAACUACGAAUUGCAUGAAACCAUCGGAAACGGAUCCUUUGGAAAAGUUAAAUUGGCUGUCCACCAGUACACCGGCCACAAUGUCGCCCUCAAAAUCAUCAAUCGCCGCAAAAUCGCCAACAUGGAUAUGGUGGGCCGGAUCAAGCGGGAGAUUCUCUUUCUGCGGUUCCUGAGGCACCCGCACAUUAUUAAGUUAUACGAGGUCAUCACGACCCCGACCGACAUUCUCAUGGUCAUGGAGUUUGCUGGAGGAGAGCUGUUCAAGUACAUUGUUGAAAAGGGCCGCCUCUCCGAAGACGAAUCGCGGCGGUUCUUCCAGCAGCUCAUCUCUGCGGUCGACUACUGCCAUCGACACAACAUUGUCCACCGCGAUCUCAAGCCGGAGAACCUGCUCCUGGAUGAGUUCCACAACCUCAAAAUUGCAGACUUUGGUCUGUCUAAUAUUAUGGCCGACGGCGAAUUCCUCAAGACCAGCUGUGGCUCUCCCAACUACGCCGCCCCGGAAGUCAUUAACGGAAAAUACUACGCUGGCCCAGAGGUUGAUGUUUGGAGCUGCGGUGUCAUCCUGUAUGUGAUGCUGUGCGGGCGGCUUCCCUUCGACGAUGAAAAUAUACCCGCUCUGUUCCGGAAAAUCAGCAGCGGAGUCUUCUCGCUUCCAAACUCUCUGUCCAACGAAGCCAAGGCGCUCCUGCUUGCCAUGCUUGUCGUCGAGCCCGGCAAGCGAAUCACCAUUCCCGAGAUCCAAGAGCUCGCCUGGUACAAGAAAGAUCUCCCAGAGUAUCUCAUCCCCUCACCCGAGAACGAGGACGACGAGCUGCACAAUGUUGACGAGGCUCUCCUCAAGGAGUUGACAAAGAAAAUGGGAUUCAACAGGAUGACAAUCUAUCAAGCCCUGCAAGAAGUCGAGAACAACCAAAUCAAAGUCACGUACCAGCUGCUGGCCGAUCACAAGCGGGGAAAUCUCUCGCGGGCCAAGCCAUCUGAGAGUUUUUUUUCGGGCAUUUCGCCCUCCUGGAGCGGCAAUCAGUCGACCAUGCUCGAUACUGCUGAUCCUGGCGCCAGCCUUGCCCCCAGCAACAUCAAGGUCCUGAGCUCCAGUCUGCCCAAAAGGCUGGAGACCCCUCCGCCGAUGCCAGAUCCUACAGCGGCACCAAACACCCCUGUCGGCACCAUCACGGUACUAUCGGCGGAGAAGAAGGCCAUGGUCAAGAAGAAGACUCGGUCGCGCUGGCACUACGGCUUGCGCUCCAAGAGCGCGCCGUUGGACAUUAUGCUCGAGAUCUACCGCGCUCUCAAGAGCGUUGGCAUGGAGUGGAAACCCAUCGAUGCAUACCACGUGCGCGCCCGCUGGACAUACAAGGGCCAAACAGUCAAGCUGGAUAUCCAGAUCUACAAGGUCGACCGCGGCAGCUACCUGGUGGACUUUAAG